UCAUAACUUCUCUGUCGCUGUGGAUAAGAUAGGGAAAGAAAGCGGGAGAGUUGAGCUAGCUUUCUUUGACGCUCGUAUUUCUUCUUCCGAUUUAUUCUCUGCAGCAAAAUACGAGAUCCUUAGAGAGAGAAAGUUUGUGAGAGAGAGAGAAAUGGCUGCUGCUAUACAUUGCCUUUCUACUUGUUGCGUCCUUCCUAACAGAUUCAGUGCCCUAUCACUCAAUGGCUCUCCUUCUGCUCAGCCUAAAGUUUUCAGGUCUCUAAGCUUCUCCGCUAACACAUCGCCCACUGUCUUCUCCAAAGGAUUUUUUUCAACGAAUCCCAUGGAGGUUCCGAUUCGACGCUCCAUUGUUUGCGACGCGACUCCAAAUAAGAAGCCAGAUUCGGCUGCAAAAAGAGCUCGCCAAGCGGAAAAGAGGCGCGUCUACAACAAAGCAAGGAAAUCUGAGAUCAAAACUCGGAUGAAGAAGGUGCUGGAAGCACUUGAUGUGCUCCGAAAGAAACCUGAUGCGCAACCUGAGGAAGUCCUUACCAUUGAGCAACUGAUUGCGGAGGCCUACUCAGUGAUUGACAAAGCAGUGAAAGUGGGAACCCUUCACAGGAACACCGGAGCACGGAGGAAGUCCAGGCUUGCGAGAAGAAAGAAGGCGGUUGAAAUCCACCAUGGCUGGUAUACCCCUGGUCCUCCUGUGAUCAGUGCUUAGUAGAAUUUGCUACCAGAUCGUGCAAAAAGGUUAUGUACUUUUGUUUUAGUUUUACUUAUCUAGGACCACCUCUAUUGUAUCUGUUACAACUGCUGUAUAUUUUCUUGCAAUAUAGCUCUUUCAUUUUGAUUCA